AUGGCGACUGCUCGCAUCGCCGUGCUGACGGCGGUGUUUUCGCGGAAGCUGAGCGCGCAGGUGGACAAGGCGGUGCCGUGCGACGUGCGCGACGCGCGGCUCGUCGACGCGCGCGUCCAUGAGCAGGCAGCGCCGGACGACGCUGCCGCGUGCGCAUCGCGAGCGCUGCACGUGAGCUCCAAAUCGGUGGCUCACCCUCGCGUGGUUCUGCCGCGGCCGUCGUCGUCCCUUGCGGCGGUCUGCAAGACGGACUCUCGCGCCAUAGUGGCCACUCUUGGAACUCCCGCCGCCGGCGGCAUGCGCGAGGCGCACCACUCCUUGCCGGCGAAUGGAGCCGCUCACUUACCUCCCCCCAACGGCGUCGCGCCUCUCUCGCACGAUUCAAGCGGCGCGUCGAGCAGGUUAGAUCAGCGGGCGCGGUGGACGAAGCGGAAGAGCCGGCAGACGCCGCGGCAGGCGGCGUGGACGGCGGAGCAGGUGCGCGAGAGGGAGCGGCGGAUCGUGGAGGAGGUGGCGCGCGUGCCGGAGGGGCGGAGCGUGGCGGCCGUGCUGGACGCGUGGGCGGGGCGCGCGACGCGCGUGGAGAUGUCGAGCGUCGUGAAGGAGCUCGGCGCGCAGCGCAAGGCGCGGCGGUCGCUGGAGGUGUUCGAGUGGAUGGACGCGCAGCGCGGGCGGAUGCGGCCCAACGGGCACACGUACACGCUCAUGCUCGGCAUCCUCGGCAGGACCCUUGACGCGUGUACGCGCAUGGCGUAUCGUCAUCACUCGUCUCCCCCCGCCCGCCCACGCACUCCUUCCCUUUCCUCCUCUCCCGCACUUCCCCCCACCCGCUUUCCCCUUGGGCGCGUGCGGGGCGGCAGGGCGGGCAUGGUGGAGGAGGCGGAGGUGCUGUUCGCGCGGUUCCGCGCGGCGGCGUUCCGCGACAAGGUGCACGGCUUCAACGCCAUGCUGCACGCCUGGCUCUCGCACGGCCACCCGCAACGCGCCUGGACGCUCUUCCACCUCAUGCAGCAGCAGCAGCAGCAACAGCAGCAGCAGCAGCAGCAACAAGAAUUGGCCGCCAAUGGCGGUGCCAGCGCGUCCGUCCCCACCGCCGGUCCCCUCGACUCCUCACCCCGCAAGCUCCCCACCCACGUCGCGUCAGAUGCGUCCCCGCCUCCCGUCCCUCCCACUUCCCACUCGUCCUCUGCCCCAUCCGCCGCCCGCGCCACCCCCGACCACUCGUCGCAGCCGUCGCAAGCGCCUGCUGCGCGCAGCGACGGCCGCGGCGACUGCGACGGCGAUGGGCCCGGUGUGGCGAGCUGGGGUCCGCCGCCGGCGCCGGACGCGGUGACGUACAACACGAUGCUGAGCGCGGGGCUGGCGGGCGCUGGCACGGCGGGUAGGGGGAGGGCCAAGGGGCGGGGGAGAGGCAAAGGCGCAGGCAGCAGGGGGGGAGGGGCCAGCAGCGGCGGAAGCGUCAGCAGCGGCGGUCGGCAGGCGCUGGCGCUGUACGGCGAGAUGAAGGCGAGCGGCGUGCGCCCCACGGCGCGCACGUUCAACAUCCUCGUCGCGCUGCUCGGCCACCACGGGCUCGUCGCCCAGGUGAGCCUCGUCGCCCAGGUGAGCCUCGUCGCCCAGGUGAGCCUCGUCGCCCAGGUGAGCCUCGUCGCCCAGGUGAGCCUCGUCGCCCAGGUGAGCCUCGUCGCCCAGGUGAGCCUCGUCGCCCAGGUGAGCCUCGUCGCCCAGGUGAGCCUCGUCGCCCAGGUGAGCCUCGUCGCCCAGGUGAGCCUCGUCGCCCAGGUGAGCCUCGUCGCCCAGGUGAGCCUCGUCGCGCAGGUGAGCCUCGUCGCCCAGGUGAGCCUCGUCGCCCAGGUGAGCCUCGUCGCCCAGGUGAGCCUCGUCGCCCAGGUGAGCCUCGUCGCGCAGGUGAGCCUCGUCGCCCAGGUGAGCCUCGUCGCGCAGGUGAGCCUCGUCGCCCAGGUGAGCCUCGUCGCGCAGGUGAGCCUCGUCGCCCAGGUGAGCCUCGUCGCCCAGGUGAGCCUCGUCGCCCAGGUGAGCCUCGUCGCCCAGGUGAGCCUCGUCGCGCAGGUGAGCCUCGUCGCCCAGGUGAGCCUCGUCGCCCAGGUGAGCCUCGUCGCCCAGGUGAGCCUCGUCGCCCAGGUGAGCCUCGUCGCCCAGGUGAGCCUCGUCGCCCAGGUGAGCCUCGUCGCCCAGGUGAGCCUCGUCGCCCAGGUGAGCCUCGUCGCCCAGCUGAGCCUCGUCGCCCAGGUGAGCCUCGUCGGCCAGGUGAGCCUCGUCGCCCAGGUGAGCCUCGUCGCCCAGGUGAGCCUCGUCGCCCAGGUGAGCCUCGUCGCGCAGGUGAGCCUCGUCGCCCAGGUGAGCCUCGUCGCCCAGGUGAGCCUCGUCGCCCAGGUGAGCCUCGUCGCCCAGGUGAGCCUCGUCGCGCAGGUGAGCCUCGUCGCCCAGGUGAGCCUCGUCGCGCAGGUGAGCCUCGUCGCCCAGGUGAGCCUCGUCGCGCAGGUGAGCCUCGUUGCCCAGGUGAGCCUCGUCGCCCAGGUGAGCCUCGUCGCCCAGGUGAGCCUCGUCGCCCAGGUGAGCCUCGUCGCGCAGGUGAGCCUCGUCGCCCAGGUGAGCCUCGUCGCCCAGGUGAGCCUCGUCGCCCAGGUGAGCCUCGUCGCCCAGGUGAGCCUCGUCGCCCAGGUGAGCCUCGUCGCCCAGCUGAGCCUCGUCGCCCAGGUGAGCCUCGUCGGCCAGGUGAGCCUCGUCGCCCAGGUGAGCCUCGUCGCCCAGGUGAGCCUCGUCGCCCAGGUGAGCCUCGUCGCCCAGGUGAGCCUCGUCGCCCAGGUGAGCCUCGUCGCGCAGGUGAGCCUCGUCGCCCAGGCGGAGGGGGUGGUGGCGGAGAUGAGGAGGGAGGGGGUGGAGGCGGAUGCGCACACAGUGAGCGCGGUGAUGACCAUGUACACGCGCGCGGACCGCCCUGACGACGCCAUCCGGGUAUGCAGACGCCAUGCCAUGCCCAGCACUCACACCGCACCUGCUCACUCCCCACGCUGCUCAUUCACAACCCACGACGCCACUCACACCAGCCGCGCCCACACCCCACGAGCCAUCCGGACGUACGAGAGGGCGGGGGCAGCGGGGGUGCGGCCCUCACAGGCCAUGUUCACGGCGCUCAUGGCGGCCCUCACAGCCGCCGGCCGCCCUGCAGACGCCGCCGCCGCCUUUGACGCCAUGCUGCAGGCGGGCCUCACUGCUGACGUGGCGGCGUGCGGGGCGCUGCUGAGGGCGCUGGCGGAGGCGGGGGAGGCGGAGCAGGCGGAGGAGGAGCUGCAGGCGAUGCAGGUGCGGCACGGCGUGCAGCCCAACGCCAUCGCGUACUCUGCUGUCGUCAUGGCCUACGGCAGGCAGGGCAUGUGGGAGGAGGCGGCACGGGUGUUUGAGGGGAUGCUGAGUGCGGGGUGUGAGGCGGACCUGCAGGCGUUCAACAUCCUCAUGGCGGCCUACGGGCUGCAGGGCCUCUCCCUGCCCGCCGCGCAGCUCUUCCGGCGCCUGCAGGCGCACGGGCUGCGCCCCGACGCCGUCACGUACAACACGCUCAUCCACGCCCUCUCCAAGGCCGGCCUGCCCGGCGCGGCCCUGCGUGCGCUGGAGCACAUGCGGCAGGGCGGGUGCGAGCCCGACCACGUGACGCGCUGCCUGGUGGCGCGCAUCCUGCACGAGGCCGGCCGCCACACCGACGCCGAACACAUGCUGCGCCCGCCCCCCCCACCCCUUGCUGUGCCCUCACAGCGGUAG